AUGCCAGUGAGGAGAGGCUUGGUAGCGCCUAGGACUACUCUUAUCGAAACAAUCAUAAGGAAGUUUGACACUGACAAUCGUUCAUUUUUGGUAGCAAACAGCAGAGAGGGACAAUGUCACAUAAUUUACUGUUCGGACGGCUUUUGUCGAUUGACGGGCUAUUCCAGGGCCGACGUCAUGCAACGGCCGGCCUCUUGCGAAUUCCUUUGCGGUCCGCUGACGUCACAACAGGCCGUCUCGAAUCUGAGGGAGGCCCUGCAAGAUGGCGUCGAAAAGCACGCGGAGAUUUUGUAUUAUCGGAAAGACGGAACAAAGUUCCUGUGUUCAGAAGUGAUAGCACCCAUACGAAGCGAAGUGGAUGACAUCAGUUUAAUCAUCAUCAACUUCGAAGAUUUGACGACGGUGCCAGCGUCUUCUUUAGAAAACAGCCCCAUCGGCAAAAAUAGAUUAAGUAAAUUUGGUAGAGCUCGCGCUUCGUUUCGACAAAGUUUAAGGUUAGGUACAAACAUUCGAGGUAGGGGAUUAAGACUAGCUGGGUAUCUUACGCCACCCAGUGACGUUACAGCUGCCGAGGAGGAAGAGGAGGGAUUGGAACAAUGUCCAUUGACUUCAAGUGCACCGGCGCCCAUCUUGGAACAAACGUGGGUAUCGAAAGCAGAUGGUCCGAUGGGUCCCAUCCAAACUAUGAUCCCCGCAUCAGCUCAAAUAAAAGACUAUACGGCCUUGACGAUAUCGCAUAGCGCGCCUGCUAGUCAUCAGGCGUCCUUCGAGAGGGGGGAGAGCGUAGAAAGGACCCCCCGCCCGUUGCACUCCACUAAUAGUAGUAAUAAUAAUAAUAGUAAUAAUAGGCAACAUCACGUGAUACAAAACAAAGUGUCGCAUGCUACCAGUUUAGAUGCCAUAGCGAGAAGACAAUGCUUCAAAAGUGGAUACCCCACCGUUAGCCUUUCAAACAAACCUCAAUUAACUAAACAGUUUCACAACGUUUCGUCCGAGAGCGAUCUUCAGAGGUAUAGAGCUGCGCACGGCAGUGAUAGAAAAAGUCCAAGUUUAUCGAAUCCAGCGGACUCGUUGAAGCAAAAGUUUUCACUGCAAGACAAUGGAUCUGCAAAAUAUUUCCAAAGUGGAAUCCAUACUCCAAAGAUGGGCGAAAAAGUGGCACAAGUAAGAAAUUAUUUUCCAUUAGACGAUACUACUUAUCAUGUUCUUUCUCUGGGCGCAGACGUCCUUCCAGAAUACAAACUCCAAAAUCCUCGGAUUCAUAAUUACACCAUUCUUCACUACUCACCUUUCAAAGCCGUUUGGGACUGGAUAAUUUUGAUUCUGGUCAUCUAUACGGCCAUCUUCACUCCAUACGUCGCCGCCUUUUUGCUGGGAGAACCCGAUUUCAACAAUAGGAAAAACAAAAAAUACAGUGAAGAUCCUAUUGUUAUUAUUGAUCUUAUUGUGGACGUCACUUUCAUAGUAGACAUUCUAAUAAACUUUCGCACGACCUACGUGACCGGUAACGACGAAGUUGUAUCAGAUCCGGUCAAAAUAGCCUUCCAUUACUUAAAAGGGUGGUUCCUCAUCGAUCUGGUGGCAGCGGUACCGUUCGAUCUUCUAUUUUUCGGUACCGAUACUGAUGAAGUGAGUACAAAGGAAACUACUACGUUAAUUGGUCUUUUGAAAACGGCCCGGCUUUUGAGGUUAGUUCGGGUAGCGAGAAAGAUCGAUAGGUAUUCCGAAUAUGGAGCUGCUGUUCUUUUGCUUCUGAUGGCCACGUUCGCGCUCAUAGCACACUGGAUGGCCUGCAUAUGGUACGCAAUCGGAAACGCAGGAGCGACCGAUGCUUCCGGCCAGAAUAGGCUGGUUAGACGUUUUGGCCAACGAUACUCAACAGUAUUAUUACCCAAAUAA